AUGGCUGCCACUGCAACUCUAAUUCAUCCCUUGGACACCAAAAAGCUGGUGCUGUACACGUGCUCUCCCACUAGCCAGGUGGAGAAAACCAACAAGGGGGUCGUGAAGAACCCGAGUUCAUUCGCCGGCCUCACGAUCGAUGGAUUGCCUUACGUCUUUGGAGUCCGAGAAGACAACGUGUUGUGCUCUGUGAGCCCUUCGUUUGAAGCUUUGAGCACCAAGCCCGAAACCGCAGCGAACUGGUCUUCUCUUGCGGCAUGUGAAUCAAGCACAGCCCAAUGGGUCUAUUAUUUUGCAAAAGGAGACCAGAUCCAAAGAGUCCACGAGUUGAACAUCGGCAACUCUGGCCAUACGACCCUUACUCGCUCCAAUCCAGUUGAUGGGAGUUACCUUGCCGCUUUUUACGUGCCAAAAGGGAACGCACGGUAUGUGAUUUAUCAGGCUUCUGGCACGCUCAUGUACAUGGACGCAGUAAAAAAUGUCGAAACCCCUGUGUCCGACAAUUUGCUGCCGCGAGGUAAAACACCAUUAGCCGCCUGUACGAUUGGAGACGCGGGGUACCUUUUCUAUGCAGGGGCUUCCAACCAACUAGUGGUUGGCAGUUUUAAUGGCUCCGAAUGGACCGUAAAGGAUGCCAAAGGCGCAGAUGAAGUCAACGCGGCAACUAACAUCACCGCUGUUCCUUUGGAUGAUUCAGGCAAAAAGAAGAUCUAUGUCUUUUACAUAACGAGUAGCGGCACCACCUACUCCCUAUAUGCCUAUGAUUGUGCAUAG